CCGUGUCAAAAGCGGUGUAGUGGUAACUUUCUCACGGGGUCACCAACAUCCGGGGAACUGUUGAUAGGGACAAGCGCCUGCUCGCCGAAAAAAAACACCGUUCUUCACGGUGAAUUAGAAUAAGUCCCUCGUAAGCGCCCCUUUUCUUUUUUGGGGUUAAAACAACAUAAUGUCUGAUGAGAAAGGAGAUAAAGGGGAUGAGGAGAAGGUGUAUGGGGGCUGUGAAGGGCCAGAUGCUAUGUAUGUAAAACUUGUGUCAUCAGAUGGUCAUGAAUUUAUUGUUAAAAGAGAUCACGCUUUAACAUCUGGCACUAUUAAAGCUAUGUUGAGUGGGCCAGGUCAGUUUGCUGAAAAUGAAACAAAUGAAAUAAAUUUUAGAGAAAUACCAUCGCACGUUUUACAGAAGGUAUGCAUGUACUUCACUUACAAAGUACGAUAUACAAACAGUUCAACAGAGAUUCCAGAGUUCCCAAUUGCACCAGAAAUUGCUCUAGAAUUGCUUAUGGCUGCCAACUUUUUAGACUGUUAAGCUAACUUUAACGUUUUUGAUGUAAAUCUUCCAUUGUUAUUGUUUUUUUCUCUCUUUUGAAUGGAGGAUUGUUUUACCACAUAAAAAGUGAAUGAAAAUAAUAUAAAUUAUCUAGUGAAAUCUCUUUAACUGAAUUGAAUUAGUAGUAAGGAACAGUUUGAAGACGUGAUAAUGGUUGUCUUGAUAAUAGGAAAUUAAAUAAAUAAGUUAUUACUAUGUAAUAAUAUUACUAUGUAAUAAUCAUUAUUGUCUCUCAUGGAUUACUUUUUUUUAAAGUAAUGAAUAUUCCAUAUCAGUUUGUACUUAUUAAAGAUAAUUUAUGUCUAGAUUUUUUGUUAUCACUUGUAAUCUUAAAAUUACAAUAAUAUUGCAUAAGCAUUAACAGAGUAAAAAAAAAAUCAAAUCUUUUUCUUCUUUUUUUCAAACAUUUAAAAAAAACAAUGUGCAACUUGAAAUCAUUUUGCUGCCUGUUGUAAAGGAUGGGUUAUUUUAACAAUUCAUUGAAACUGUUUUACAAAAUUGUUUUUCAAAUGCUUAGAUUUUAAAGGUGCACUUUCGUGUUGUUUAAGUGUUAGAUUAGAUUUUCAUUUAUUCUUUUUAGUUUCAUAUAAUUUGCACUCUCUGGCUUUGUGGGAAUUUAACCUUUUUGCUCUUUAAUCUUUUGAGUAAUAGCAGCGAUUUUGAUGGACUUUAGCAGUCAGUAGCCAGGUCAACUGGUACAUUAGUGCAGCAAUACUGAUGGACUUUAGCUGUCAGUAGUCAGGUCAACUGGAACAUUAGUGCAGCAAUACUGAUGGACUUGAGCUGUCAGUAGUCAGGUCAACUGGUACAUUAGUGCAGCAAUACUGAUGGACUUUAGCUGUCAGUAGUCAGGUCAACUGGUACAUUAGUGCAGCAAUACUGAUGGACUUCAGCUGUCAGUAGUCAGGUCAACUGGUACAUUAGUGCAGCAAUACUGAUGGACUUCAGCUGUCAGUAUAACGUCAGGCUUGCCUUCACAUCAGCUGCUCAAUUUUCUAAUGAUCAUUUUAUGAAAACAACACAAUUAUAGAGUACUUUUAUUAUGUGUUAGUCAUUGUUUCUUUGUGGGAUAAUUUAUAUCACUUGGCACUUAAUGUACAUUAUAUAUGGCAUUAUUUGAAUAUCUGUGUAAAUGCUUUAAUGCAUAAUGUAGAUGAAAUUAAAGUAAAUAAUACAUGUAUUAUCUAAAACAUGACUUGGAGAAAAUGAAUGAGGGUUUAAUAUUCUACCUAUAAGUGUUACAUUAUUUUAAAAAACCUAAGUUUGUGCCUGCUUUUGUUUUUUCAUGCCUAGAAAUAUGUAUACUGUUUUGCUGUUGAUGUCUGAUUUUGUCAUGCAAUUUAAAUGAAAUAGAAAUUUGUAAUCUCUUGUUGAGGCAUUUUGCUUGCUGUAUGAUUUUGUCACUUUGUUGUUUUGAUUACAAUAUAUUCCUAUAAUUUGGGUAAUGUAAACAUAGGUAAUAUUUAUACUAUAUAAAGUACUAGUAAUUAGCAACCUUAACUUUAACUUAUUACCAAUUUGUAAUCAAAAUUCCUACUCGAGUAAGAAUUAUUUCUAUGAUGUGUUUUGUACUGAUAUAAUAGAAUACAGUUGUCUUGUUUACUUUUCUUAUUCCUUCAAUUUUAGUCUUGUUUAACUACCGUUACAUAAACAUAGCAAUUCUGCCGUUACUCACAUGUAAAAUGAGCUGUCAGGUUAAAAAUAAAAGUUUUAAGUAUGGACACUAAAAUACAAUGUCCAAUAGUUCUGAUAAAUAUGUAUUUUUGUUUGAAAAUAAUGACAAAGUUUAGCUUUUAUGUCUCGCUAUUUGGAGAAGCAAAAAUGUAAAUUUUUCUCACCUUUUGGUAGGAAUGAUUGUCACUACUUAACUUCCUACAUAAGCUGUAAAGAUCAAAAUGUAUGUAUUGAUGGUAAAUCACACAAUUUAUGAAGCUAGCAGGUGGAUCUUGGCAUAUCAUUUUAUGUUUGAGUGACGACCAUUUUUGACUUGUAAUCUCAUGCAUAAAAUGGUUUUGACAAUUUGCAAUAAUAUCAAAAGAUGUAUACAUUGUUUUCUACUGUAAUGUUUUAACUCUGUAGAAAAUAUUGAACAACUUAGCUCAUUUGGAAAACUCAUAUUCCAUCGUGUCUUAUGUAUUAUGUCUUUGUUUAUUAUUUAACAAUAAAACAUGGAAAUUUU